AUGCAGGCACUUCUGCAAGCAUACGAGGAUAUGCCUCCUGUAACGAGGAUUUAUACGACCUCAUGUGUCUUAACUACACUUGCAGUGCAGUUGGAUUUCGUUACGCCAUUUCACUUAUAUUUUAAUUGGAAUUUAAUUAUUUACGAUUAUCAGUUUUGGCGAUUGUUGACAUCGUUUUGUUUUUUUGGUUCGUUUGGGUUUAGUUUCUUGUUCAAUAUGAUUUUUACAUAUCGAUAUUGUAUGAUGCUCGAAGAAGGUUCAUUUCGUGGACGACGUGCUGACUUUGCCUUUAUGUUCAUCUUUGGCGCAACUUUUAUGAUUAUUUGCGGUACUUUUGUACAUAUGGUAUUUCUCGGACAAGCUUUUACCAUUAUGCUUGUUUAUGUCUGGAGUAGACGGAAUCCAUACGUACGCAUGAAUUUUUUCGGUGUUCUCAGCUUUAAUGCUCCCUAUUUGCCAUGGGUUCUGCUUUUAUUCUCACUGCUUCUCGGUAACAAUGCUAUCGUUGAUUUCAUGGGAAUAGCAUGUGGUCAUUUCUAUUUCUUUCUGGAAGAUGUGUUUCCGUUGCAACAGAACGGUUUUCGUGUUCUCCAAACACCUAACAUAUUAAAAUGGCUACUAGAUCCAGUUCCUGUUGAACCCGUUGAUAUAGAUGAACGACCUGGAGGUUACAAUUGGGGUGAACAACCACCUAGACCAGAAUAG